GUUCUGCCACAUAGUCACACAGCACACAGCCGUCCGCGCUAACGGCGAUAACGGUGAAAACAGGGCCUGUGGCCAUGGCUAAAGACCCGUUAGCUGAGGCAGGCUUUUAUUUUGAUGAACUCAACAAGCUGCGGGUCCUCGAGCCUGAUGUCAGCCAGAAAACCUCCGAGCUGAAGGAGGAGUGUAAAGAAUUUGUGGACAAAAUCGGCCAGUUUCAGAAGAUAGUGGGAGGUCUCAUUGAGCUGGUGGAUGAAUUGGCAAAGGAAGCGGAGACAGAAAAGAUGAAGGCGAUUGGAGCCAGAAACCUGCUGAAGUCAGUGGCAAAGCAGCGAGAGGCUCAGCAGCAGCAGCUUCAGGCGCUCAUAGCUGAGAAGAAGAUGCAGCUGGAGAGGUAUCGUAUCGAGUAUGAAGCCUUGUCCAAAGUGGAGUCGGAGCAGAACGAGUUCAUCGACCAGUUUAUUCUGCAGAAGUGAGGACGUGACCGAGACAGCAGAAAAUGUGACACUUCUGCACAACCACGUUUCCAGAGUGCCUGUCCCGCUUUCUCUUCGGAGAAUUACUCUGCUGCGUUUCCGAAGCAAUCCCAAAGCUCCGACAUCAUCGUCCUAAAAACAUCUCCACCUCCUCGAUCCUGAUUUCUGACACGCUGGUGUGUGAAGCAGCAGCCGCUGCUGCCAGCAGGCGCCAGGAUCCACGGUGUCGAGCUUUCACACCGAACGUCUCAACAUCUCAGACCGACAAUGAAGAAGACGGAGCUAUUUAUACAAAGGAAUAUUAUUUAUACUAUUUAUACCGAAGACCUGCUCUGUAUAUCUAGUUUUAUGACUUUUUGUAUCAAUUGAUAUACUGCAUGUGCAUGAAUCUGUACAUAUAUUUAGGUUAAAAAUAAUAGAAGAUGCUGAUUUGAUCAUCUGUGUUAUUUUUGACUUUAAUUUCAUUCCUCUGGUACAACCAGUGUGGGCUCACGGGGAAUUCACUGUCCUCUUCUUUCUUUCUGUCUCUUAUGUGUCUCAUCGUCUUUCAUGUGUUAAUUUAGAUGACAAAUGGUUAUACUUGAAUAAAUACUGUACUAUUGCACAAAAAA